CGGCCCCACGAUCCGGUCGGCCGCCAGUGCUUUGCAUAUGUAUCGCUUUCAUGAUCCUGGGGGAGCGAGUCUGAACAUCCGCGUCGACAUUUUUCAUGUAACGGCUGCUGGUCAUGAGCUAUAGUUGCGAUUCCUCACACGAAAAAGCUCUCCAACCGUAGGCUCACCCACUGCUUCAGCAAAUUUCAAUUCGAAUACUCUGGAUUUUUCAGAUUCACUUCGUUACGACUUUUAGUUGUCGGGGGACCUCCUCACAUCCCGUCCCAUUCAUCGGUUCGGGUCACAUUCAUAACCACCCAUGCUGCCGUCAAUACGACCGCCCAUCCGGGCUUCUUCCUCAGUACUCUCUCUCUUCACCGAUUCAGCAAUACACACCACCACGUCCUCACAGGCCACAUGUCGACUCACCUUCCAACAACGGACACUUUCCCAGUGGCACAAUGUCGUCGACCAAACGCGACCUCCCAGCCCUGGUUCAACAUCGGCCGGCUCCGGGAUAGAUUAUAAUUCACCUCCAUUAUCAUUCCCUUCGCAUGAUCAAUAUCAGCACUCCCAAGAAGACCACCAACAACAUCACCACCACCUACCACCACCCCCUCAAGGCUUCUUUUCCCGCCUCCUCCACGCACUCCGCACCCACCCCGUCACCCUCCUCCUUUCCUCCCAGCUCCAGCACUUUGACCAAGUUCUCGGCUCCCCCUACCACCGCCUCCUCUCUCACCCCUUUCGGAUGCUCUUCUCUACCUUCAAGCUGCUCGCCUUCACCCACCUCUUCCUCGAACACGUCCUCUCCAUGGCGCCGGCCUCCGGCCCCUCUAUGCUCCCCACCUUUGAAGUGGUGGGCGAGUGGCUCGUUGUCUCGCGGUUCCACAAAUAUGGGAAUGGAGUGAAGGUGGGCGAUCUGGUGGUUUAUCAGAUUCCUGUUAGUACGAGUGGGGAGCUGGGGGUGAAGAGGAUCAUGGGGAUGCCAGGGGAUUAUGUGUUGGUUGAUACGCCGAUGGCGGGUGGAGGGACUGUGGAGGGGGAGGUGUUGGGGGACAGGGGCGGGCUCGGGGAGGGGGAUGAGGUUAUGAUUCAGGUGCCGGAAGGUCAUUGUUGGGUGGUAGGCGACAACUUGACGGCCUCGCGCGAUUCGAGGACGUUUGGCCCUGUGCCACUAGCACUGAUCAGGGGCAAGGUGUUUGCCAAAGUUCAAUCGAACUGGCUCCCUAAGUUGAUAAGAAAUCCUUUGGAGAGGGUAGAGCUUGAGGAGGCAAUGGCUUGAUGAGUACUCUCAAGGGCUGAUAAGCUACAUAUUCACACUCGAACCGAGACCAGUGCCGGAUAUGCCUACGAAAACGCUACCUCAUCUGUUUGAAUAACACCAAACGAAACAAGGUGAAACCCACAAGCAAAGAGGGGGGAUGGUGUUCUGGCGAACUAUAUAGAUUAGGUCUGCAGGCUGAUCAUCCACGCCGAACAGCCGGAACCACGGCACGGUUUUCGUUAUCGAUACAAAAGAAAAUAACCCAGGUCGAGAUACGCAGACAUAACGCACGCAACCCUUCAUGUCCGUCAGCCUCUCCUAUUUGGCCAUAAUUGUCACCCCUUCGAAUGAUCGCUCCCUGCAAAUACAAAACCCCACGGCUUCCCUCCCAUGUAAUCAAUCCAUUACUGAACAAUGCUGCGCCGCAAACUCCACGCCAAUCCUAUGCGAAGUACCUCAAGCCAGUCGAAAGCAAGAUGAAAGAUGCCAGCAAAUUG